AUGGUUAGAGGAUUGUUGGGAAAACUUGCCGGUCAUUCCCUCUCCGUCGCCGGAAAAUGGCAGCAACAACAGCUUCGCCGCCUCAACAUCCAUGAGUAUCAGGGAGCAGAAUUGAUGAGCAAACAUGGAAUCAAUGUUCCGAAAGGCGUGGCAUCUGGUUCUAUUGAUGAAGUAAAAAAGGCAAUUCGUGAUGUGUUCCCCAACCAGAGUGAGGUGGUGGUGAAGGCCCAAAUUCUUGCCGGUGGCCGAGGCUUGGGAACAUUCAAGAAUGGUUUCCAGGGUGGAGUUCACAUUGUGAAGGCUGACCAGGCUGAAGAUGUAGCUGGGAAAAUGCUUGGCCAGAUACUUGUCACCAAGCAAACUGGGCCCCAAGGAAAAAUUGUUAGCAAGGUUUACUUGUGUGAAAAGUUGUCACUAGUGAAUGAGAUGUACUUUGCCAUUACUCUUGAUCGUAAAAGUGCUGGUCCUCUUAUUAUUGCCUGUAAAAAGGGAGGAACCAGUAUUGAAGAUCUUGCUGAGAAACAUCCAGAGUUGAUUGUCAAGGUAUCUAUUGAUGUUUUCACAGGAAUCACUGAUGAGGAUGCUGCCAAGGUGGUUGAUGGUUUGUCACCCAAGGUGGCUGACAGAAGUGCUUCAAUGGAACAAGUGAAGAAGUUAUAUGAACUUUUCUGCAAAUGUGACUGCACAUUGUUAGAGAUCAAUCCCAUGGCUGAAACUUCUGAUAAACAGUUAGUAGCUGCUGAUGCGAAACUUAACUUUGAUGAUAAUGCUGCCUUCCGUCAGAAAGAAAUAUUUGCUCUUCGAGAUCCAACACAAGAGGAUCCUCGUGAGGUUGCUGCAGCAGAAGCUGACUUGAACUACAUCGGUUUAGAUGGAGAAAUUGGUUGUAUGGUGAAUGGUGCUGGAUUGGCUAUGGCUACCAUGGAUAUAAUUAAGUUACAUGGAGGAACUCCUGCCAAUUUUCUUGAUGUUGGUGGAAAUGCUUCCGAAAGCCAGGUUGUGGAGGCUUUCAAAAUUUUGACAUCAGAUGAGAAGGUGAAGGCUAUUUUGGUGAACAUUUUUGGAGGAAUAAUGAAGUGUGAUGUAAUUGCCAGUGGAAUUGUCAAUGCUGCUAAACAGGUUCAACUGAAAGUACCUGUAGUCGUUCGUCUUGAAGGAACCAAUGUUGACCAGGGAAAGAGAAUUCUGAAGGAAAGUGGCAUGACACUAAUUACUGCUGAAGAUCUGGACGAUGCAGCUGAGAAAGCAGUUAAAGCGUCAACAAGUUAA